AUGGGUUCCAUUUAUUAUUCUGCCAGAGUCAAAUCUGUGCUCUCUGCCGAUACAAUUAUCUUGGUGCCUGUUAAUAGUGGCAAUUCCAAUGUUGCCCCGGUCGAACGUCAACUUUCGUUGGCGUACGUCCAAGCUCCAAAGAUGUCAUUGAACGAGACUUAUUCUUUUGAGGCCAGGGAGUUGUUAAGAAAGCUUCUUGUGGGAAAAACUAUCAAAUUCAAAGUCCUUUACACUUUGCCAGGCCUUGGGGAAUCCAAAAGAGAAUUUGGCGAUAUCAAAACUCCGAUUUUUGAUAGCUUGAUCGAAUAUCUUUUGAACAAAGGGGCUGUAAAAGUGAAGGAAACUAAUGAUCCAUUUGAUGAAGAUUACUAUUUCACAUUGCAAGAUCUUGAAAAUAAGGCCAAGAACGAUAAUCUCGGUUCUUGGGGCCACCAAAACAAACCUGCUGUCGCCAACGAGUUGAUAUACGACGAGAUCGAAGGAUCGAAAACUAAACCAAUCAGUGCCAUUGUUGAGAAGGUCAUCAGUGGUGAUAGAUUAUUAAUCAGAUUUUUGAUUUCUAAGCAGAAACAUGUUGUUGCUCCUGUGUUGAUUGCCGGUAUCAGAUCACCAAGAUCCUCUUCUGCCAAUAGCGAUGAAAGCGAGCCAUUCGGUAACGAAGCAAAAUAUUUCGUUGAAAAAAGAUUAUUAUUGCAAGAUGUUAAAGUGUCGGUAUUGGGAGAGUCUGCUAAUGGUGUGUUGAUCGGGAAGAUCAUCCACCCGGUUGGCAACAUUGCUGAAAAAGUAUUAGAAAAUGGUUUGGCUGAAGUAGUUGAUUGGCAAUCAUCAAUAGUCGGUGCCAGAGAAAUGUCUUUAUUAAGAGCCAGUGAAAGAUUAUCAAAAGUUUCCCAAAAGGGUAUCUGGAAAUCACACAAUGUUGCGAAAAAGCAAACCUCCGCAAAGCAAACCUUGUAUUCUAUUGGGUCUAUUCAUGAUGUUACGGUUUCUAAAAUUGUAUCUGCCGAUACUAUUGUUGUCAGAACCAAAGAUGGUGACCAAGAAUACACUUGUCAACUCUCUUCAUUGCGUGCUCCAAAGAACUCUGAUCCUGCCCAAGCGCCAUUUGUUCCUUUCGCCAAAGAAUUCGCCAGAAAGAAGUUGAUUGGCAAACAUGUGAAAUUGACUGUCGAUGGGGUCCGUGAAAAGUCGGAACAAUAUGAUGAAAGACCAUUGGUUUCCAUAACCUUGAGCGAUGGUGGCGAUUUGUCCGAGCAAAUUGUCAAGGCUGGAUGGGCCAGCGUUAUUAGACACAGAAGAGGCGAUGAUAACAGAAGUCAAAACUGGGAUAUCUUAGUCGAAUUAGAAAAAACCGCUGCUGAAAAAAAAAUUGGUAUGAAUGGUAAAUUACCACCUGCUGAAAAAAUUGUUGAUGCUAGUGAAAAUGCCGGUCGUGCUAAAACUUACUUGGCCACUUUUGCUAACAGAUCUAAGAUCAAUGCUGUUGUCGAUUACGUUUCUGCACCACACAGAUUGAGAUUGAUCCUUCCUAAAGAAGGGGUCAAAUUGGUUUUGGUGCUUGGUGGUUUGACCAACAAGGCCUCCAAGGAUACUGGUUUAUCUAAGGCCGCUUUAGAUUAUGUCACCAAGAAAACUUUACAAAGAGAUGUGGUGAUAGACAUUUAUAAUGUUGACAAAAUCGGUGGGUUCAUCGGUAAUUUGUACCUUCCUGGUCAAAAGGCGCCUUUGCAAUAUAAUUUAUUGAGCCAAGGGUUUUAUGAAAUCCAUGAUUAUUCUAUCGACCAAACCAAGUUUGCUGAUCAACUUUGGGAUGCCCAAGAAGAAGCACAAAAACAGAAAUUGGGUAUAUGGCACAACUGGACCGGAGAAGUCGAGGAAAGUGUCGAUACUUUGGCCAAGAGUAUUGCCGAAACUAAAAUCACCAAGAAGUAUUACGACAUUGAAGUGAAUGACAUUUCCAAUGAAGGAUUAUUGUCCUUCCAAAUCAUCAACUCUGAAAGUGAACAAUUAGUUCUAUUUAUGAAGAAAUUCCAUGAAUUCCACAUGAACCAGCCAAUCAAAUCCAAUGACAAAUCAAAACUUGGCUCAGUGUCUUCUUACCCAAGACUCUUGGAUCAUAUUCCUAAAAAAGGCGACUUGGUGUCUGUUGCUUAUUCUAGAAAUGGGAAAUACUACAGAGGUAGAAUCCUCAACUUUGACAAGCUUACCAAGAAAUACAAGGUCAUGCACAUUGAUUUUGGUAAUUUUGACCAUGUUUCUUCGGGUGCAUUCCGUCAACUUCCAUCUCAGUUUUCUUUGGAUAAGCUUCCUCCACAGGGUCACGUCGGGUCUCUUUCAUUGAUCAAAUUGCCACCAUCAAAACCAACUAAUUACUUGGAUGACGCCAUAGAUUUCUUGGAUGAACUAAUCAUGAACAAGAAAAUAAUUGCCCUAGCUAACAAAGCCUCUCCUGAACCAGGGGUCGAGAUGUCUUUUACUUUGUACGACCCAGAAAAGGCGACCAAGAACGCCAAUUACUCGGUCAAUAGAGAACUCGUGGAAAACGGUUGGGCUAUUGUCAAUAAAAAAUUGAUUCCUUGGGAAACUUCCUUAAAGAAAGAGCAUGACAGUUUGCUUGAGCUAGAAUUAUUGGCCAAGAGUAAAAGACUCGGCUGUUGGGAAUUUGGUGACAUUGAAGAAGAUUUAUAG